ACUAAUUUUUUUUGAAGAUUUACCCGCCCACACGCCCAUUCCUACAAUGGGUACGGAUAAAGCAUAGCAUCUGCCCGACGUCUUCUUCAUGGAUACCCCAAAAUCUGACCUAAAUCAACAAUCUUCUUCCACUGUUAGCGCCUUCUCAGAUUGGGAUAUAGAUUUCACCGAAGAAGAACUCCAAUCAAUUGAAGCCAUAUUUCAAUCUGCAACUUCUUCUUCUUCCUCUCGAAAACCACCUGUUGCCGAUUGCGACGGUGAUCGUCCUAAAACACGCCGGAGAUUGCCUGAUUCGCUCUUCAAUUUCACAGAACAAUCCGCAUUUUCAUCUCACAACGCCUCAAGUUCGUCUUCUUUAUUGCCGUGCCCUAGAAAUCGCUUCAGAUCCUGUCAUCGUGCUACACCAAAGAUGAGAUAUCCUGCAAUGACUUUUAAGGGUCAUAUUGUGUACAGCCGGACAUUCUCAGAAGUGGAGAAAGCUGCAGACGAGCUAUUAAGAUUCGUUGAAACUAAAAAUAGUGAUGGCAGCCGUGCUGCUAUUGGAUUUGACAUUGAGUGGAGACCGUCAUUCAAGAAAGGUGUAGCGCAAUCCAAGGCGGCAGUUCUACAGAUAUGUGCAGAUGCUGCCCGUUGCCAUGUAAUGCAUAUCAUUCAUUCUGGAUUUCCUCAGAAUUUGAAAACUCUUCUUGCGGAUUCUAGAUUUAUAAAGGUUGGAGUUGGCAUUGCUGGUGAUGCGCGUAAGGUUUUUAAUGAUCAUAACGUGUCUGUAGAUGCCUUAGAAGAUUUGUCGCGUUUAGCCAAUAAAAAGCUUGGUGGAGAGCCCAAGAUGUGGGGCUUGUCAUCAUUAACAGAGAAGCUUACAUGUAAACAGGUUCUAAAACCCUCGAAGAUUAGAUUAGGAAAUUGGGAAGCUAAUCCUUUGUCAGUGGAACAGCUGAAAUAUGCAGCCACCGAUGCAUUUGUUUCUUGGCACUUGCAUGAGGUUCUCAACCGUCUACCAGAUCCCGAUACUCAUACAAACGAGGGGGUGGAAGCUGUGGCACCCCCGUCGGUUUCUUGAAGUAGAAGCAACAUAUUGUUUAAUGUGAGUCAUCUGUAAGUCCCAUGGCCUGGAAUCCAAACUGUUAACUGUGUUUAUCUGUUGGACUUAUUUUUUUCUCAUUAAAUUAUAUGGGGAACGUUUUUCUACCUAUUUAAGAAAACAUUUUUAUAUUUUAAAUUAUGUUAUGAGCAUUUUUU